GUGUAUUUGGAGAAGUGCUUGGGUCACAAAAGGGGAGACACACGCACGAGUUGUAUAUAUAUAGCAUUUACUGAAGAUACAUGAAUAUUAGACCAAGAUGACGACCGCGACCUCCAGCACAGGACCGGAGGGUUCUCCAGUCCGUGCAGAAAAGGAGCAUCGACCACCUGACACCGACCCCAUCGCCUCUGGAGACGAUUCCUUUCUCGAAAAUGUUUCUUUACCAGACGGCCAAAAGUUGCUGUUAGAAGAACAGUAUUGGAAUGUCGGAGACAUGCGGGACUACCACUGUGAUGGCCGAGUCUUCGAGAGUGGUGCGAUUUUGGCGGCAUGUCUUAGAGACGGAGGAGGAAAACGGGUUUUUUAUCCUGAGUCUGAAGAUGCUAAAGACGGAGGAGAAAAACGGGUCGUUCUUCCUGAGUCUGAGUCAUCUUCAUCUUCAGAGGACGACCGCUUAUCUAGAAGUAGUUGUAGUCCUUGGUCUAUUUUAGGCUUUUCUGGCGGAGAAGACGAGAACUCUCCGACGAGAAUAUCUGGUCAUACCGUCAUCGAUUUAGGUACUGGAACUGGAGUGAGCGGCCUGGCUGUGGCUAAAAUGCGAUCCGCAGAUCGAGUCAUUUUGACGGACUUGCCUGCUGUGUUGGAUCUAACAAGACGCAAUGUGAAACGAAACAACUUGCUGCUUUUUACAGAGUCUGGUGGGAAAAUUGUAAAUGCUAGGUGCUGCAUGAUGUUGCCGCUACUGUGGGGAAAGCAGGGCAAGAAGAAGAAUGUAGCUGCAGUGGACAAUGGCUCGUCGUCAUCGUCGACGUGCGCGUCAAUUAGCUCGUUGCUCCAGGACUUCGGACUUCUCUCUCGAAAUCGCAUGACCGAGGAAGCUCCAGCACCAUUGACAAUCAUUGGCACUGAUCUGGUCUACGCACCUGAAGCGGUCGCGCCUCUACUGGAAACUGUCGAAACGAUUCUAAACCUACGAGGGGAUCUAACUUGUUUUGCGACUAUGACCACGACUGGUCCAACCGAACUGAUAUUCUUAGUGCAACUACGCAGAGGAGAUAGUAAUCGAAAAGCAGUACAGAACUUCGUUUCUGGGUUAGUGCGAUUGGUCUAUGGCUAUCCAGUUCCAGCAGCGCUUGGUGAUCAAUUUCACGCACCUCCAAAUGAACCGGAGGAUUUCUUGCCGCCUUGGCCAUGUACGGACAUGAACAAUGACUUGGUGUUGAGGACAUUGAUGGGGCUGGAAAUUGAUGGCUACAGAACAAGUCAACACAGCAACCUCAAAUGUGGCGAAGAAUGUCCAGAGCUCAGCAAAGAACCCUUCAUGCUCGACCGUGGUCAACCCACUUGGAAAAUUGCCGACAUCCCUUGGCAACGCGGACUGCGCUCCGUGGGGAGGAGUCUUUCUCCAUCUUUAGAGAAAGCCGGGAAGCACAUAUUCAUGAUUCGCGUAUGGCGCGACAAUUAACUGCUACAACUGUUGCACCCAAACUUGUAAAAUCUUCUACUUGUAAAAAACCAGGUUCCACAAAUCGACGUGAAACAUUGUCACAAUUGAUCUCCCUAC